AUGACUUCGGAACCAUCAACUUCUACUGAAAUCUCACUCGAAGCCGAACGUUCAAUACUACUGCAGCAGGCUUUGAGUCAAGCUGGUGUGAUUCGGGUCCAAAAAAUGAAAGCGGUAAGUGGGGUUACUGUAGGGAACUUUUGUAAUCUGAAUAAUAUCGAUUGAAAGUUGAGUAAAUAAGAUGUAGAACAUUUUUGAAGAAGAAUAGGAUUACUUAUUGAUUUCUUUUUGAUAAAUGUUCCGGUAGCUGAAGUGCAUUAUUGAUUCUGAUGACAAGUCAUACAGAAAUAUUCUCUUCUCUAACGUUGCUUUCAUGUCGUGAUAAUAAAAAUUAUUUUGAAAACUACAGUACCCCAAAAUAUCAACUAUUAUCAAAUCUUAUUUCGAAAAACCAGUCUUCUCACUCUUUCCCAUCGUCCAAAAAUGCAACCAUCAUACAUAUAAGAAGGGCGAAAAAACGCAUAAAAUUUGAUUCAUCAACACAAUCCUGCCCUGAUAACAACAUUUUGAUAGUCGAUAUUUAUGCGUUUCAUGCUCAUAAAAAUAUCUCACAUUAAAACGUGUGACUGUAUUUCCACAUGAAUUUUAAUAAUAAAUCACAAUAGGAAAAUACGAGGAAUAAUUGAUUUCAGGGAAUUUCACUGCGCAAACGUCAAAACUCUGAAACAUGUAUGAAAAUCGCCAAACAUCCAUUAAUUCCAAUUGUUGAGGUAACUGAAAACAUAAGUUCUCAACAACAAUUGAUAUAUUUUCAGCUACUGUUCUUGAAAUGCGAAAAAGCAGCCAAUACUAUGAACAAAGCAAGUUUUGACAUGGAAGAUGUGAAAAUAGUAAGUUUAUUUGGGCAAGUCAAAAAAUUGAUCUACUUGGGAAAAAACAAAAUGUACAGAAAUCAAUAUUGAGCAAUAAGAGUAUCUAUGGUUAA